UCGGCUCCGCCCACCCCUCCAGGUUGUCAUAGUGAUGCCGUAUCCACUGAGACUCCGGAUCCUAGCAGCUGGAAGCUAAAAACAGGCGCCAUGGAGUACACAGGGAACAAAUAUAUCGGGGAAUAUGUAGAUGGGAGGAUGGAGGGCAAAGCCAAGUACAUCCUCCCUACCGAAACAAUAUAUGUUGGGGAAAUGAAGGAUGGCAUGUUUCACGGCGAAGGAACCCUGUACUUCCCCAGUGGAAGCCAAUGCGACGCCAUUUGGGAAAACGGAUUGGCCAUAAAGGGCACAUAUACCUUCGUAGAUGGGCUGCACUAUGAUGAGAAGAACUGGCAUUACUGCGACGGCUAUGAUCGGAGGUUUUACACAGAGAUCCUCAAUGGCUUGAAGCCUGCAGGUAUGGCUCAACUCACCAAUAUGGACCCACCUAGAAAAAUCCCCAGGGGCUAUUACGAUUGUGGAGAUGGCUUCUAUAACCCAGUCACGAGGGUAGUCAAGGGCUAUAGGAACCGCUUUCUACGAAACACAGGUCUCCCUCUGUUGCCCAGGCUGGAGUGCAAUGGCGUGAUCUCGGCUCACUGCAAUCCCCACUUUCCAGGCUCAAGCGAUCCUCCUCCUCCUACCUCAGCCUCCUGAAUAGCUGGGGCUACAGGUGUGUGCCACCACGCUAGGCUAAUUGUCAUUGUGUGUGUGUGUCUGUGUGUGUAGAGGCGUGGUUUCUCCAUGUUGACCAGGCUGGUCUCGAACUCCAGGCCUCAAGCAAUUCUCCCACCUCGACCUCCAAAAGUGCUAGGACUUACAGGCGUGAGCCACCGCCCCCACCCCCUUCAAAUCUAUUAAAAGGUGAGAGUCUCGCCAAGGCAAUGAGAUCGCAAUAUGAAGUUUCCAUUUACUUUGGAUUAUAUGUCAUUAUAAAUAUUAACAAAUAAGACUUUAAAAGGACACCUUCGGGUAGGUCAGACCAAAAUACAAAACUUGUCUGUGGGACUGCAGUUUGAGGACAGUGUCUGCAGCCGUCACAUGGCAGCAAAACGGGGUUAAGCAGUGCACGAGAGUCUGCGUCGACGACAGCCAGAGUCCAUGCAUCGGGAGGUUCACUCGGCUUGCGAAGGAACAACGGGCAGGGCAUGCACGGCCCGGGCUCGGCGGGCGGACGAGCCGGGGCGCAGU